AUGACCAAGGGUACCACUAGCUUCGGUAGGCGUCACACCAAGACCCACUCUCUGUGCAAGCGCUGCGGUCGCCGCGCCUUCCACAACCAGAAGAAGACUUGCGCUUCGUGCGGUUACCCGUCGGCCAAGAUCCGCUCCUACAACUGGGGCAUGAAGGCCAAGCGCAGAAAGACCACCGGUAGUGGCCGCAUGCGCUACCUCAAGACGGUCAACAACCGCUUCAAGAACGGUUUCCGUGAGGGUGUCAAGGCUGCCAAGUCUGACUAA